UUGAUACUUAAGUAAACAAACAACUCUAAAGUGGAACAGAUUCAAUAUUAUAUUGAACAUAUAACUUAUUGAAAUGUUUUGCCAUUUAAUAAUGAUGUUUCUUAAACACUUAAAAUUUAGUUAGUUACUUGUAGCUGCGUAUUACUAAACUGUUUUAUACAUUAGUCUAAAAUGGUUGACGUUCAAUACGGGAUUCUUCUAAGAUUUCACUGAAGAAUGCUCUGUAGACACUGUGUAAUCUAGUCCAAAUAAUAGUACUUUGACAAAAAAAAAUACGAUUUUUGAUAUGGCAAAUCCUCCACGACGUUAGGGAUUAGAACAAUCCCGUAUAACAUGUCUAUUCUUUUAGACUACAGUGUGGUGUUGAUUACUUUAUAAUUGUUUAUUAAACAAUUUUGUAUCAUUUAAACGGGCUCAAGAUAUUUCAGUUGUUAAACUUUUUUAUUUAUCAACCAUGGUUUAUAGGUCUGUGAGUAUAUGUAUUAGUCAUUUACAAUAUAAGAUAUAAAAUCAUAUCCUCUAAUACUUUCAUGCAGGCAAUGAAGAUGGAGUACUUAUAUAGUGAGAUUGGAUGUUGAAGAACAUCUCAUGGAUGGAAUCUCUCUCACAUUGCCGGUUGUGGAGACAUGCUUGUCGAGUUAUGUCAACAAUCUGAUCACACAGAUAGCUGUCACUGAAGAAUGCGAUGAUAAUGUACUGAAAGAAGGAUUUCUAGACUGGCACUAUUGGAAAUCAGACUUGAAAUAAAAUAAGUUUGAAUUGGCAAAAGAAAAUGAGUGAACUCUAUAAACUCCAGCAGAGUAUUGUAUAAGGCUUUGAUAAGUUUUCUUAAGGUUAUAUUCUGCGCAUUAAUAUGAUUUGAGGGGUUAAUUGUUAUCGGUUAAUAAAUGACCGAUCAAUACACAUUUUUUAACAAAUGACUGUUGUAACGUUUCAUUGAUUUUUCACCUUAAAGUUCUUUAAGAAAGAUUACUUAAUCAAAGAAACGUUAUAAGUUAUAAACGUUUGCAAUAUUACGUUGUGUGUCGAACUUACACGCUGAAUUGUACAUUUAUAAUCACAUACAGGUAACGCAGAGGAUGAGCCAAGUGUAUACUUUCCAGCCUGUGUGACCAGUUUAGCUCCAAUACUUACAUCGGUAGAAAAUCAUGUGGAAGAGAUUGGACCACAGAACUUCCUUGAUACUUACCUUCCAUAUGUUUCCUGGACUGGAAAACAACAGGUACUGGCGGAAAUAUGGCGUGACAUGUUUACUCACAACCCUGUGGAUGAAGUCACUGCCCUGCUGGUCACCUCAGCUGUUCUUGAGAGAGCUCUCGGGGAUGUGUAUAUGUUGAAAGGGCCAGCCCCGUUUCCGUCAAUGUUGAAAGAUCUGCUUGUAACAGAGCAGCUAAUGGAAAUUCUUGGAGAAGAUGUGAUAUGUAUACUCCGGCCGGUUAUGGGUCCUCCAAACUCUCUUAAUCUCCGAAAUGUUGCCUGGCAUGGUUUUCCCUUUUCGGGUCAAAUACCAGCAAGUGUAUUUGGUUCCUGAUACUACUGGUACCCAGCAUAGGUCGAGUAUUAAAAAAGAGGCUGGGCCCAGUGCUAAUGUUACACCGGCAACCUGUGGACUUUCCUCACACCAAACUCAUAACAGACGCUUUAGUUGUAUUUCAGAGGUUGAUAUUUUGUCUAUCAAGGACCUUCUUGAGGCUUUAAAAGGCACCCAAUUUGUAUCCUGGGACACAAGAAUGUUUUGGACAAAAGUCACCAGUUUAUAUAAGCAAGAAAGGUAUGGUGAAAGUAGCACUCUUCUUCUUUACUACCUAGAGCACGGUCUACGGCUUGUGUUUGCUACUGCCAACAACUGUGAGAACAGAAUUUUGACUGCUGAGGCAACAACAGUAUACACUACAUUUGAUGAGAUGUUAGAUACUUUCCUCCUUAAUGGGACAGAAAACCGACACAGGAUGGUUAUGGGUGAAGAUAUAUUGGAGAUACUUCUUGACCACCUGACCUACCCGGCUGGCCCGAGGGUUAGGGACAGGUUUAGUCACGAACAAAGCUGUAACAGCACUUCAUGGGGAUAUUAAGUCAUACAGGGUCCAGUUUCAUAGAAUAAGCCUGUUAAAAAAGGAAAUAUCUACCUUCUUUAAGAAAUAAUCUGAGACAGAUUCCAUGAUCUGACUGCAGCCUGACCUCAGUGAAAGAAAGCCAGACGAUCCUUUUCAGUCCACAGAUAUAAUUAUUAUCUACACUUGAAGCAAACCUCAGUGACACCCUUGUCAUUUUAGACCGACAGUGGGCAUUUCAAGGCUCAAAAUGGUAGGGAACUUUGCAACUUUCAUGUUUUAAAGUAAAAGCUAUUUCACUUAUCUAAGUAGUCUGGCUCGUGCAGUUUAAGGAUGACUAGUAAUGUGUUGUCGAAAUCAACGUAUACAUAUCAAAAUAUCAUAAAUGUCAGAGUUAUUUUUAGUUUUCAGUAUUUUGACCUCCAAAAGUUGAAAUUAACAGCUGAUAAAAUUUUGAUACAUACCCUGUACAGAAACUCAAAGGUAUAUUAUAA